AUGUGCCGGCCGCAGUCGUGGAGCCAAAUCCUCCUGCCAGUAUUCUUCUCCCUCUUUCUCGUCCAACUGUUUAUCAGCUUCUCAGAGAAUAGUUUUUCCCAAGUCUCCAGACACAAGAACAAGCACAGACCAAAAUCUAUGGAUGACGCAUGUACUGUAUGGAAAAAUUGUCAAUUGUGCACAGAAAAUAACAAAUGUUUUUGGUGCAGUGAAGAAAGGGCUUGCAGAAAAAUUUGUUUUCCAUAUUUCGGGUGUCAUUUCAGUUCUAUAUUUUGGUUGAACUGUCGCGUUGACAUGUUUGGAUUCCUGAUGCUUCUACUCAUUGCAAUAUUGAUUAUAGUGUUCAUUUGUCAAUGCCUCAUCUAUCAAUAUUACCUGCAGCCAACUCAAGUCUAUAUUGCUGGAAGACCACACACAAUUUACAUUCCUCGUGGGACUGCUCCUGUUUACACUGAGCUUCACAAAUUUAUGUACUUGGUUAACGGUAUCUGCGUUCCUCCACCCAAGGCCACAAUUCCUGAUGGUGGCCCUUUUCUACAGCUACAGGUCUCCCUGGGUGCCCAGAGCUGGUCCCUCUCCCUUGCUCCUUCAAGCCUGCGGCUGGCAGCACCUGACACUCUUGCCAGUCCUGUGCAGGCUCUCGCACCUCGUCCCCGCCCCGCCCCCGCCCCGCCUUCGCCCGCGCCACCCCCACAGCCGGCCGCCGGCCGCUCUUUUCUCGGUUACAAAGGAGGGAAAAUGAGCCGGGCGGCGGCGGCGGCGACGCGGCGCAAGGCCACCACAGCGGCGGCGAUCCCGGGCGCCCCCGGCACCACGUAG